UGUCUCUGACAUCUUGUGAUCACAAGACUUCUCCGUUUUUGAGUUUUCUGUCAAGGUAGAAAUUGGAGAAAAAAGGCCGUCCCUUUUCGGGAUCUCCUGGUUUAAAAGCUCCAUCCGACGAAAACCACCAUCAAGAUGAGAUAUUUCCUGACGUACCUGUUUGUGUUGCUGUUGUCGCUCGCCAUACCCAUAUUUUCGUUAUACUAUCUUCUAAAUGGAAAGGGUGAGCAGAUCAGUUUCGGAUGGUUCCUGGAGCACACGUCUCCCUACAUGUGGGGGACGUUGGGAAUAGCGUUCGCCGUGUCGUUCUCGGUCGUGGGCGCCGCCAUGGGGAUCCACACCACCGGAGUGAGCAUAGUGGGUGGUGGUGUCAAAGCGCCUAGAAUUAAGACCAAGAACUUGAUCUCCGUUAUUUUCUGUGAAGCUGUGGCGAUUUACGGUCUGAUCACAGCCAUCGUGCUGUCGGGCAUGUUGGAGCAGUACAAAGAGCCGUUCUUGGAUAUAUCAAUCAAGCAAAACAACUGGAUGGCUGGAUACGUGAUGUUCGGAGCUGGUCUGGCCGUGGGACUGGUGAACUUGUUCUGCGGCAUCUCUGUCGGGAUCGUGGGCUCCGGGGCGGCGCUCGCGGACGCAGCCAAUGCAGCGCUGUUUGUGAAGAUCCUGAUUGUGGAAAUCUUUGGGUCUGCUAUUGGUUUGUUUGGCCUUAUUGUGGGCAUUUAUAUGACGUCGAAAGUGAAAAUGGGCAACCAGUAACUUAAGAAGAAAGUCAUACUUGAAUUUAAGUUACACGAGCACUGGUAGUCCUACCCCAACCUUGACCUGACCCAACGCAGCCAGUGCUUGAACAAAAAUAUAUUUAUUUAAGAAGCAACAUAGCUUUGAAUAAGUGUUGGACUUGUAUACUAUAGGAUCUAUACUUCAGAAUGCUGUAUCACAGAAUUGGUGCGAGACUUACAAUUAUUUUCUGUUUGUAUAAUGUUGAUUACCUUAGCACUUACUCAGAAACAUAUUUUUUCACACCUCUUUUGAUAAUACUGUCAAUGUAAUUAUUUUUAACACAGUACAGAAUUUUUGUACUGCGAUUACUGUACUGUAUGCCAAAUAUUUAGUAUGACUAUGAAAGUCUAAGAACACAUACCCAAAAGUAAUUCAAUCAUAUUGUAGCUAAUAUAUUUAUCUACAACUUAUAUUGUGAAUAUGAAAAUGAAGUUUGAAAUUUCUUAAAAUAUUUAACAAUUUAGGUACAUUUGUAUUGUGCUACGUAAUAACUAAGAGUAUUUAUUUAUCUUAAAUUCAUAUAAUUUACAAUCAAUUAACUUUUCAUUCUGCAUUUUGUGCUAAGGUUUAAGAUGUUUAAUUUUACAGUUUAGAUAGUAUUGGAUUGUUAUUAGACAACUUUGAAUUAUAUAACCAAUAAAUAAUAGUUUUUGAAUACCAUAUCACAGUGUCCUAUAUUAAAUUGACUAGAUAUAAUAGUGCAUUUUAUAUAAUAUAUUUUGUGUCAUUGUUGUAUUUUAUAAUAAUAUUUCAAACAUCCUAUAUCAGGCCGUGAAUUAAUGUCAAAUUUCAUAAAAUCCUUAUUAUGCAUUUAACUCAGUAUUAUGAUAUUAACAAAUGUCAUAGUUACCUUGAAUUUGUGUUUACAAAUUAUGUGAGUAAAGUUUAACAUCAGAUAUAUAAUUGCAAUAUUAUUUAAUAACAUUUGUAUGGAGAAACUUUUAAUUUUAAUUAAAUAAUGUCACAAAAAUAUUUUACAUGUCCAAAGUAUUAUGUCAUGGGAUAGCACCCAGGGUGGAUGCACUGAUGUAUGUAGUCAUUUUGUUUAAGGCUUAAACAUUCCAUGAAAUGUUAAUACAACAUUUGUGAACGCUUUGAUUGGUAAUAGCCUGUGUAUAUAUAAAUAAAUGACACUUAUGUAAUAAUUGUUUUUUGCCGUUUGAGAGUACAAUCGCAAAAUGUACAAUCUGUAAGGUAGAGGAAGUUUAUUUGUAUAUCAUAUAGUCUCUUCUCCUUCUCCUGUAGUCACAGGUUCUACUAUUAUGAGACGACAUGUCUUGUAGUAUUUUUUUUCACUUCCUUAAAAUAUGUCCUAACUCCCUUAGAUUGAGAAUAAUAAUGUUUUGUCUGUUUACAACCAUUUAGUUGUAACUGUUGGAUAUAAAAAUAAGUAUCAUAUCAUUCAUGAAUGUAAGUAAAUACAUUAACUUGAAAUUCUAGAAUUGUGCUCCAGAAACUAAACAACUUUUUAUCGGAAAUUUGUCAUUUUUAAUGAAACUUAUUGUUAUUUGUAAAUAUUAGUUUGCUUCUUUGAAUUAUAAUGAAAAUAAGAUGUUUCGUAAUUUAUUUCUAUUUUAUGUCCAUAUUAAUUAAAAAAAAAUAUUUUUAAUAAAUUGAAUCACAGAUUAAAGGUUUAAGACUCACUAGUUUUGCUAUAAAAAUAUUGUCAUGUGCAUAGUGUAAGUAGACUGAUAAAUCGGCACUUAUUGCAAAAUCGGCUACUGAAGAUCUAUUUGUACACUAACAGCCGUUUUCAAUAACCUAUCUAUCCGCCAUUUCGCUUACAAAAGUUAAAAAAAUCUAUCUUUCUGUUCUUAUCUGCUUUUCAAUAACCUACUGACAGAUAGUUUGACUAUAUAAAGAUAGUUUGGCUGUUCCUGAUAAUCGAGGAUAGGAUCCGUGAUCUUGGGUAGGUUAUUGAAAACGGCCGUAAACGUCUCUUUUUCCUUUAAUCUUUGUAUGAGAUUAGCUGCCAUGUGACUGCUGCCUUUAUAGACAAGGAGCUAGCGUCACCCGUGGGCACAAAUUGUGCGCAAAUCGAACAGAACAAUCGAUGGAUGUAUUAUGGUAUCAGCUUAUGUACUGUUUACAGAAGCGUUUAUAAUUUAAAACAUAUUUGUGCAAAUGUAGAUAUUAUGUAUGUUGAUGAAUAAAUAGCUAAAAGUUU